AUGGGCCCCUAUAUACCGCCUCCUCAUGCUGCUGCCAGGCCCCUAAUCUGCCAUAGGCCCCUAUACCGCUUCCUCAUGCUGCUGCCAGGCUCGUAAUCUGUCAUGCGCCCCUGUACCGCCUCCUCAUGCUGCUGCCAGGCCUGUAAUCUGCCAUGGGCCCCCGUACCGACUCCUCAUGCUGCUGCCAGGCCCGUAAUCUGCCAUGGGCCCCUGUACCGCCUCCUCAUGCUGCUGCCAGGUCCAGAGUGUCUCAUGGGUCCCUGUACGGCCUCCCAUUGCUGCUGUCUCUAUCGCCACACUCUGCCAUGUGCCACUUUCAGGUCUCCUCACACUGCUGGUGGUUUCCAUUUUUGUCAUAGGGUGCUGUAUGGCCUCCCAUUGCUGCUGCCUCCACCGCCACACUGUGGCUCCACACUCUGGUUUUGGCCCCGUGACUGGCCAAAUGAGUGAAGUGUGCGGUGAUUCUAAGAUCGACGGCACUCAUCUGCAUGUCAUACUGCCUGACAGUAUUAUUUCUCUUCCCCAGCAGACUCCAAGGGCAUUUAAAUUAAAGGUACAGUGUUCAGCACUAAUAUUA